AUGCCAGCAAGCGAUACGCUCGUACCCGCUCCGCUUCCCUUUUCGGAAAAAAUUGCCAUCUCUGGUCUCGACCAGGAUGUGGAGAAAGAGUUAUCCGCCUCUGGAGCAGUGCCCGAAUCUUUGACAUCGGCACCCAUCGUUGACCUCGAGACAGAACGCAAACUACUCUGGAAGCUCGACUGCCAUGUUGUUCCCCCGCUAUUCGUAUUGUUUCUUCUCGCCUUCCUCGAUCGAGUGAAUAUCGGAAAUGCGAACAUACAAGGCUUGUCUGCAGAGUUGAACCUGGAGAAGCAUCAAUACAAUAUUGCGCUUUUUAUCUUCUUCAUCCCCUAUAUCAUCUUCGAAGUUACGAACAAUAUUAUACUCCGUAGACUUCACCCUUCUACCUUCCUCAGUGUCAUCAUGUUUCUAUGUGGCAUCACAACCAUAGGUCAAGGUCUCGUUCGCUCCUUCCAGGGCCUCGUCGCCAUGCGUUUCCUUCUUGGAUUCUUCGAGGCAGGACUUCUACCAGGAUGCGUAUAUCUCAUUUCGAUGUACUACAAGCGUUACGAAUUCCAGAGGAGAUUAAGCAUAUUUUAUGUGUCGGGGAUAUUGGCGGGCGCGUUUGGGGGGCUGUUCGCGUUCGCGCUGGAACAUAUGGACGGGGUGGGUGGAUAUAGUGGGUGGCGCUGGAUAUUCAUUUUGGAAGGCCUUCUUACAGCCAUUGUCUCCAUCUUCGCCAAAUUCUUUAUCGUUGGCUGGCCCGAAAACGCCACGUUCCUCUCUCCUUCCGAACGUCUUCUCCUGAAGACUCGUCUCGCCAACGAAACUCCUUCGCACCUCCAGAUGUCCCGCCUCGACCGCCUUGCGCUCACCCGUAUCUUUUCAGACUGGAAGAUCUACGUCGGUAUGCUCAUGUACUUCGGCGUCGUCAAUACUGGCUACGCGACCUCCUUCUUCAUUCCCACCAUCGUUCUCGAGCUGAAACCAGGUACCACUAGUGCGGAGGCUCAGGUGAAGAGCAUCCCGAUAUUUAUGGUGGCGGCGGCGGUUAGUUUAAUGAUUGCGUGGGCCACGGAUAAGGUGAAGCAUCGAUAUGGGUUUUGCAUGGCCGGCGUGGCGGUGGCUUCGACCGGAUAUGUGAUAUUAUUGUGCCAGGAGAGUGUAAGCGGUAGUGUGAGGUAUAUGGCUUGUUUCUUCGUCACGGUAGGAUGUUACAUGACCCAGGGUGUGACGAUAGCCUGGCUGAGCAACAAUGUUAGUGGCCACUACAAGCGGGCCAUCGCUUCCGGAUUCCAGGUUGGCAUAGGCAAUCUCGGUGGCAUCAUCGCUUCCAACAUCUUCCUUGCCUCUCAAGCUCCGAGGUACCCUCUAGGUUACGGAGUUUCUCUCGCCAUGUUAUUGCUCUGUGGUUCUGCAUGUACCGUGUUCUUCUUCGGGCUGAGGAAGGAGAAUAAUAUUAGGGAGGAGGGCGGAAGAGAUUAUAGGUAUGACGAGAAGGAUGUGGGUAACAUGGGGGACGGCCAUCCGGAAUUCAGGUUUGGAUAUUGACUAGCACGUCGUGGAACAAGCUCAGCUACUACUCAUUCCUG